CAGCCGAAAUGGAGUGCAUUCGGUUGAAUUCGCUUUUAGCCGUCGAGCAUGGACUCCUGAUGCUUUUGACUGUAGACAUCCUGCUAGUUGGGAUCCCCAGCUAUAUUGAUGUGGGUGGAGCUGUGCAAAUCAGUUACUACUUCCUUGCACCUGUGCUUGCUAUACUCUUCAUGCUGCACAUCGGCAUUGUAGUCAUCGAUUCAAGGAAACAACGAAUAAGGGAACCAAAGCUGAAGCUGCCACAGAUCCUGCUACUGCUGGUGGUCUUUGGUCUACCUUUGAUUUUCACCUGCAAAGUUAUUCAUGACCACAAAACGAACUGGAAGCUUUUGUCUGAGGCUUGGACCGAGCUCGAUGAACUCAAUCAGACAGAGUCGUUGUCCUCCUGGCAAGAAAAGGGAAAUUGCUGUGGAGUCAUGGGUCCGUAUGACUACCUUAGCAAGGGCUUGGAUCUGCCUAAGAACUGCUUUUAUUAUAUUGAAAGUCAACAAAAGGUGAAGGAUGGAUGCUAUAAGGUUUUUAGGGACGCUGCUUUCAAUAUUCACUUUUUAAUUGUGGUGAUUUUUGCACUGUAUUUGACGGUGAAAAUUACACGAAAUUUUCUGGAGUGGAAAACAAAUACGAACGAGACUAAUGGAAAACGCAGAUCUUCAGAAAUGCCCAUACUGAAAUAA